AGGUGACGAGUUAACAACAACGGAGUCGGUUGGUAGCGGACUACCGAAAACAAACGGUCGGAUGAGACGGUGUGCUCUGACUAUCUGUCUGUAUAGUCUUCACCGGUCCUCACACACAGCUGCACACACACACAAGACGCGCGCAGUAGCCUGCUGCCAAAUCGUGCGGUCUCACACUCGCAUACUCUCUGCUAUCCAGACAGAUACAGCAAUGGGAGAUAAUUACUGAGGCAACCACGGAGAGAUACACGCUAAGACCGACUAUGGCUGUGGACGCAGCGUCCAGCUUCAGUUUCUGCCGUGCGUCCCUGGAGCACACAGUGUCUGUAGAGGAGCUCAGCUACCAGCUGCCUCGUCGGCCAGGGGCCAGUCUGACCUGGCACGAUGGGAGGGGGCAGAAGAACACACACACACGCACCGUCAAACUACUGCAGCAGCCUGGCACAGAGGGCAUGCAGCUGCAUCCAGGCGAAGCCUUCACUGUGUACCACACCAGCCCUACUCUGUCCAGUCUGUCCAAACCAGUGGUGCUGUGGACCCAACAGGAUGUCUGCAAGUGGCUGAAGAAACACUGUCCCCACAACUACCUAACCUACGUAGAAGCCUUCUCCCACCACGCAAUCACAGGUCGUGCUUUGCUGAGGUUGAACGGGGAGAAGUUGGAGAGGAUGGGCAUCGUCCAGGAAACAUUGAGACAGGAGGUUCUACAGCAGGUCCUUCAGCUACAAGUCAGAGAGGAGGUCCGCAACCUGCAACUGCUCAGCAGAGCCUCCUUUGGAAACAUCUCUUAGCUCAUCCCUCCCUCCAUCCGUUUGGCAGCCCUCACUCUCCUCCACUGUUUCCUGUAGCCAUGGAAGGACCUGCUCACUCCAGACAUGUGACCGCAGAAUAGGGCUGUGGGGGAGAGAGGAUGGAAAGGAGGAGAGAAGAGGAGCCUGUAGACUACAUGCCAAACACACUGAAGGAGGUUUCCCAUUCAACAAGGCCAAACUGGUUGAGAGAGAGAGAGAGAGAGAGAGAGAGAGAGAGAGAGAGAGAGAGAGAGAGAGAGA